AUGUCUUCUAAUGGAACGUCGACCUCGGUGCAAGUUGCACUAAGGAUAAAGCCCCUUACACAAGAUGAUUUAAUCAAUUUGCCGGCAAGGUUUCAACGUCAAGUUAUAUCUGUUUCUCCUUAUAAUCAAAAUCAAGUAGUUGUUGAUACGGAAAAGAGACCAAUCUUUCAAUUUGAUUAUGUUUUUGCCCCUGAAGCUACCCAACAAGAUGUUUAUGAAAGAGCUGUUGGAAAUAUGAUUUCUAAAUUUUUGGAGGGUUACAAUGUUACUAUUUUGGCAUAUGGACAGACUUCUUCUGGGAAGACUCAUACAAUGGGAACUGCUGAUGAUAGUACUAUACCUCCCGAAUCAAAAGGAAUAAUUCCACGUACAAUGGCUACGCUUUUUUCUUUGGUGAAUUCUGGUCAAUAUAAAUCUCAUAAAUUCUCAAUAAAAGUCUCGUUCAUUGAGAUUCAUAAUGAAGAUUUAAUUGAUCUUCUUGGUGAGGGUAAUGAGGAAGAAAGACCUCCUGUUAUGAUACGUGAGGAUUCUAGGGGUAAUAUAUAUUGGACCGGAUUACAGGAAUUAAAAGUUAAUAAUGUAGAUGAAGUUAUGGAACAUUUAUCCCAUGGUUCAAUGAACCGACAGGUCGGUGUUACUGAUAUGAACUCUAAAUCUUCUCGAUCUCAUGCAAUAUUCUCUGUUACGAUGGUGCAACAAAAAUUCAUUCCUCAUAAUUGUAUUUCGGCCGGUCAACCUGCUACGUCUCCUCCUAGUUCAAGACCUGGAACUCCUGCUUCCUCUAGAUUUGGUAGUCAACCUUCUUCAAGAACAAAUUCGAGUCUAGAUAAAUUUGAUGAUGGUGAAUGGGUUACUAUAUCUAGUAAAUUUCAUUUCGUCGAUUUGGCUGGAAGUGAACGUUUAAAACGUACUGCUGCAAGCGGUGACCGUGCAAGAGAAGGAAUUUCCAUAAACUCUGGUCUACUUGCUUUAGGAAAUGUCAUUUCAGCUCUUGGUGAUCCUAGUAAAGCAAAACAUACUACUCAUAUACCUUAUAGAGAUUCUAAACUUACUCGUUUAUUACAAGAUUCUCUUGGUGGAAAUGCUCAAACUUUAAUGAUUGCUUGUGUAUCUCCAAUUGAAUACAAUAUUAAUGAAACUGUUAGCACUCUUAAAUAUGCUAAUCGUGCUCGUAAUAUCAAAAAUCUUGCUUCCGUAAAUCAAGAAGAAGCUGGUUGGAAUGAUGUUACUCAUUUACAAAAUUUAGUCUUAAAACUUCGUGGUGAAAUUUCCUCUUUAAAAGCUGCUGCUGCUCAAAAUUCUCAAAGAUCUCAAGAUGGUGGUGGUUCUGUUAGUCCUGAAAAAGUUUCUCAAUCUCCUUUUGUUACUGGUCAUAAACAUUCUUCUUCCAGUUUUUCCGAUAAAAAUUCUCUUGCUGCUAAAAUUCCUGGUAGAUCUACUCCAACUAAUGAUUUUGUUGGAAAAUUUUCUUCUACUACUACUUAUG